AUGAAGCGCCAGAAUAUUAGAACCCUAUCACUUAUUGUUUGCACAUUGACGUACUUAUUGGUUGGGGCAGCAGUUUUUGAUGCUCUGGAAACUGAAAAUGAGAUUUUACAGCGAAAACUAGUGGCUCGAGUUCGUGAAAAGCUGAAGACCAAGUACAACAUGUCAAAUGCAGAUUAUGAGAUUUUGGAGGCGACAAUUGUGAAAAGUGUCCCACAUAAGGCUGGAUACCAAUGGAAAUUUAGUGGCGCUUUUUAUUUCGCAACUACAGUAAUCACCACAAUUGGUUACGGUCACAGUACCCCAAUGACAGAUGCUGGAAAAGUUUUUUGCAUGUUAUAUGCAUUGGCUGGAAUUCCAUUGGGAUUGAUCAUGUUUCAAAGUAUUGGUGAACGUAUGAAUACAUUUGCUGCAAAAUUGCUCAGAUUCAUUCGAAAAGCCGCUGGAAAGCCAGCCGUUGUCACUUCGUCAGACCUGAUCGUUUUUUGUACAGGAUGGGGUGGAUUGUUGAUUUUUGGAGGAGCCUUCAUGUUCUCUUCCUACGAGAAUUGGACAUAUUUCGAUGCUGUCUAUUAUUGUUUCGUCACGUUGACCACUAUUGGAUUCGGUGACUACGUGGCACUUCAGAAGCGUGGAUCUCUUCAAACCCAACCUGAAUACGUCUUCUUCUCCCUCGUAUUCAUCCUUUUCGGUCUUACCGUAAUCUCGGCGGCCAUGAAUCUUCUCGUUCUUAGAUUUCUGACUAUGAAUACUGAAGAUGAGAGGAGAGAUGAGCAAGAAGCAAUUUUGGCUGCUCAGGGGCUCGUAAGAGUUGGCGAUCCAUCUUGUGAUGAUGAUUUUGGAAGGUUGCCAUUGUCGGAUAAUGUUUCUCUCGCUUCUUGCUCCUGCUACCAACUUCCUGACGAAAAACUUCGUCACAGACAUCGGAAAAAUAAUAUCCACACCCACGAACAUGGUGGGGGGACAGGAGAUUUUUCGUAG